AUGGAUGUAAAAUAUUUAAACUGCUCGUUAUAAUAUUUAGUAGAUGAAAUAAAUUUCUACUAGACACUGGGGAUUUGAAUUCUUUAGUUAUGUUUAUAAAAGUAUGAACAUACUUGCAAUUUGCAACUAUAAAAUUUGGAAUUGUUAUGUAGCUAUGGAAUAUAACGAAAUAAAUCUGAUUAAAAGUAUUAUAAAACCACAUGAUUAAGUCCAUGCUUAAAUCCAAUAUUUUAUUAUAAAAUACUCCGUAUAAAAAUAUAUUCUAUGUUCAUAAAACAAAAAAUGAAUCAAUUUAUUUAUCAUUUAUUUAUUAUAAAUUAUCGAAUUGAUUGUCCUUUAAUUUAACUUUUAUACAACAUUUUUGCCAUUAGAAUAAGCAUGAUACUAUACUAUAUUUCUCCAUGUCCUAUGUUUUCAUUAGACAUUUUUACAGUGGCUCAAUUACGCUGAGAAAGUUGAUGAUUAUGUUUUACAAGUGAUAUACUUACGUGGCAUAACUCUGUCGUAUAUGAUCAAUUUUCAAUAACAUCCCUUCUACAAAAGAAUAAUUAUCUAAUAAGUAUCUAACGUGUUGCAACAUUCAUUACAUACAUAGAGUAAAGUCGCCUAAUAUGGGACUCAUUUCUUAAAAACAACAUAAUUCUUGACUAGGAAUAUUUUCCUUAAGUUUUUUAAAACUAUGAUAUCUCUUCUGUUACAAUCUGUCUGAACACAGAGUAACACAGAGAAAUCAGUAUCUUCAUAUUAAAUUAAAAACGAAGAUUCGCAGGUAAGAAAAACAGGUGGCCUAAUACGAGGUUUCUGUCUUAUGAUAAGAGACUCCAAUGACAAGAGGAAACAAUGAUAUGAUUAAUUGAAUUCAAUGGUUGUUCAAUAGUCUAAAGAUUAAUUUAAAGAUUAACUCUACAAUUUUAUAAUGUUUAUUAUUGCUAUUAUUCGUAUGCAACAUUGUCGUAACGGAGAAAGUAAUUCCACUGCUAAACCGCACAAACUCAACACUUUCUUGUUGUGCAACGGAAGUUGUUGUAAUAUAUUCGAACGAUCUUGUCAAUGUUCUUUCACCGUUAUCGUGAAAACUUGAGUAAUUGAACUCGUUUUAUUUCUAAUCAGGAAGUUUCGAUAUUGUAUUACAACUCCAUUGAUCUUCUAACGAAAGAAUUAUUUUUAUGAAAAAGGUAGAAAUUUUUAUAGAUAAAUUUUAGAAAUAUAUAGAAAUAUUUAGAAAGAUAAUUCUAUAUAACUCUACAACUCUAACUAUAACUCUAAAAUUUAUAGAAAUAUUUAGAUAGAUAAAUUACUCUCUUGCCAAAUUACUCAGAAGUAGAGUGUUCUACUUUGACAGUAGACUUCUAAACUUUGUAAAUCUCUUAUUUGUGUUGUUCGAAUCUUUCAACAACCACGUCAUGGGGCAAUAAAACUAGAACUAAACUAGUUUUUCCUAGAAAUUCUUCUUUACACAAUUUCAAACUUCAUGUUCGUGUUCGUGUUCAUGUCCAAUUUAGAAGUAACUGAUUAUUGUAAUUCUGUAUGUAUAGGGGAAAAAAGUGAAGUAUCUAAUUUCCAUAAUCUAGUAGCGGUUGUUAUGCUGAUAAAACUUUCAGCUUACUUAUUAACUUAUUUUCAUGGUCGGGGUUAUUCAACAGGAUUAUGUAUAAUAGCCAUUGAAAAUUGCUUUGAAAGAUUAAAGGGGAUGUAAAACAAUAUUUUUAUUUUCAUCAUUCAUGAUGUAAUAAACAGUAUUAAAUAAUAAUAACAUACAUAACAAUAAUAAAUAAUAACAUAGCAAUAAAUAACACCAAAGCAUUUUUAAUAAUCAAUUAUUUUAAGUGUUCCGGCGUUGCCGGAGUUACAGAUAUAAAUGGUACCUUGGUUUGACGUAAUUUGUGUAUUGGCGACUGCUUCACACUUCGUACUGAAAGAGAAAAUUAAAUUUUAAUGUAUAACAUUCUAUAAUUUGUAUAUAAAAAUUAGUUUGUUUAUAAUCUUAUGUAUAAUUCAAGAUUUUUACGUUAAAGUUAUAUUAAAUUUUAUAUUAAAAUUUUUAUUAGUAAAGAUUUAUGUUAGACUGUUCACCCUUAUUCUUCUUUUCCAUGUCCAUAAAGAUUUUUCUUAGAUAAGUUACAGGCUUUAUAGGAGAUGCAAUAAUAUUAGGUGAUAUAGAACUUCUUUCAUAAAAAUUUGUUCUAUCAAAAAAGCCCAUUCUCUGUGGGGUUUUCGACUUCUUAUUAUUUUUCUUGUUAUUAUUAUCUUGGUCUUCCUUUUCUAUAAAAAAUAUAAUUAUGAGAUAGAUAUAACAUAUUAUAAUUAUAUACAUAAACUAUAAAUAUAAUAUUAUGUAAUACUAAUAAUACUAACCUUCGGUAUCGUUUUCUGACAUAGAUAAACUGCGUCGUUUUGCAGUUUUCUUACCUAUUCUAUUAUUAUUUUUCAAUUUCUUCAUUUCAGUCUUUAAGCUAGGAAAAACCGUGUCUGGACAAACAGGUUCUUCGUAUUUUGUACUUGUAGAAUUAGCUUCAUUUUUAACCAAAUUAAUACGAUUUGUAGAUUCUACGAUAAUAGUUUCAUUUCUAAAUUGGAAACUUAUAUCAACAUUCGGAGAUUCAUUUGCUCAUACUCUAGUCCUUCACCCUUCGACGCUCGAUUAUUUACUGAAGAAAAGAAGAAACGCGAAUGCUAUACAAUUUCGACGCGAAAGACGUUACAUGCUAGUUCUAGACUGUUAUUUACCAACAAAUUUUAAAAUACAUUUUCGUCUUACAUCUGCUGGUAAAUCUUCUUCCGGGCAAUUGGCCGUAAUCAAAAUUAACAUAUGCACCGAUCGAUCUAAGCCAUGCAUCAAGGAAAUAAAAACGACGCGUGCCGCUUCAUCUACCAGAUCCCACCAUGCUAAGAUGUCAGGAAUCAUAACAUGGCAACGGGAAGUAUAACUCUCUGUCGAAUCGACCUGGUCUUCUUAGAGCUGGAUCUAUAGCAUCGAUUCUAUUCGUUGCUCCAAUUACUAUGAUCUCUGAAUUGUUCUCUAAGCCGUCCAUCAAGGCCAAGAGAGUGGAGACAAUGCUGGCGUGCACAAAGUCUUGACGGCUAGAUCUGAUUGGUGCUAAACCGUCAACUUCGUCGAAGAAAAUUAUGCAAGGCUUCGAUUGUUGCGCCUGUAAAAUCGACGUGGUUACAAUGGUUGCAAUGUUUAAAAUAGAUCGCAAUAUUUAAUACGCAAAACAAAUUAAUUGACAUGAAUUAUGCGAAUUUAAUUAAAAAUACGAAUUUGCACGAAUAUCCUGUCUAGAGAUAACUUUCCUUAAAAAGUGAUACACGAUAGGGACUAUGGAAUUAAAAAAAAAAAAAAAGA